AUGCAUAGCCGCACCAGCCCUCUACCCAGAUUUUCCCCAGACGCGAAGAAAAAGAAGUCAAGGCAGACUGCGGCUGGUGUGGAAUGGCUGGGACAGGGCAGCUCCGACAAUCUGGGCGACGAGCCCUCGGAGCUGGGCUCUAACCUGCGUGCCGUCGACUUCGACAACCACGAGGUGCGCGCUGUGAGUGCAGGCUUCGGCCACACCUGCGUCCUGCUGGACGACGACUCUACCAGGUGCUUUGGGCUGGCGAGUGCAGGCCAGCUGGGCCAAGAGAACAGCCUCAGCAUUGGCGCCAAGCAAGGCCAGAUGGGCACGGCCUUGGCAGUCACGGAGCUCUUCGUGGUGACGCUCAGGGCAGGCUUCGAGGGCCUCAGCCUAUCUGAAGACUCCCAAAGCAUCCUGCAAGUGCAGCAUGGGGGCCUGGUGGGCCUGAUCUGCGAUGAUGGCUUUGACACUGCUGCGGCACAAGUGGCCUGCCGCGAUCUCGGCAUGGCUGGCGGCAUCACCCUGUCCGUGAAUGCGCACAACGGCACUAUCCCAGCAGACAAUGUCCGAUGCACUGGUGACGAGGUGAGCCUGCGCGACUGCCGCUUCAGCGGCUGGCAUUUGCACGAUUGCACUCCGCAGGAAGCUGCAGGCACGGAUUUCUGGGUUGGCAGUUCUUUUGUCGCCGCACUGUUCACCGCUUCUAGCUUUUUUCCUGCUUCAUGUGUGAUACGGGGUGACACGCAAGCAAGGAUGUCGGUGAACACGCCAUGGAACACGAUGUACAGUUGGCUUCUGAGCCACCUGAAGCAGUAA